AGAGGCCAGCUCUGAACACGUGCAGUCAGAAUUGUACCAACACGAUUGGUGGUUUCAUUUGCUCUUGUGCGGAAGGCUACAUUUAUAACGCGACCGACUCGACGCAGUGCGCAGAUAUCGACGAGUGUGCAGCUGGCGUAUCAGGGUGUACACAUAUUUGCUUCAACUACGCCGGUCGGUUCAGCUGCGACUGUUACUUUGGGUUCCAACUUCAGGACGACCGACAGACUUGCGUUUCAGCAAAUGACGUGUGCAUGAAAGAGUUCCCAGACAACGGCUGCUCAAACAUUUGUAGAGCGGACCUGCAAAACAAGACCUACAAGUGCCUAUGUAACACCGGUUACAAGCUUGGUGCUGACAACAAAACGUGCAUAGAUAUAAACGAGUGUGAAGAUUCGUUUUUGAACGAAUGCUCACAGACGUGUGUAAAUACACGUGGGGGUUAUACGUGCGCGUGCAAUACGGGCUUCAAACUAGCCAAUGACCUACGCACUUGUGAUGUCUGCGACCCUUUCCACUAUGGCGACAACUGCACUACCUUGUGUGGCUGCGAUGUGGGAGCCGAGAGGUGUGACAGCGUGAAAGGAUGCGUGUGCAAGCAGGGCUGGAUCGGCGCCAAGUGCAACAUAGAUGAAAAUGAGUGCGCUGAUCCAAACAGAUGUCCGGGUAGUAACACAAUGUGCACCAAUCUACCCGGCUCUUACCAGUGUGGCUGCAUGACGGGUUAUACAAAAGAGGGUGCAGACUGCGUUGAUAUAGACGAAUGCUUGGAGUCCAACAAUUGUGAGCAGAUUUGCACGAACACAGUGGGUAGCUACAAGUGCAGCUGUAAUCCAGGUUACGUGCAAAAUGACAAAGAGUGCACAGACAUUGAUGAGUGCACGAACGGACAGUCUGGUUGCGCCCAGGUGUGCACAAACACCGACGGGCGCUUCCGUUGCUCAUGUAACGAGUUUUACCUGCUUGCCGACGACAAAAAGGCGUGUUUACCGCAAGAAAAGUGUUCUACCCCAAACCUAUGCACAAACGGAGUUUGUGCGAUGAUAAAUGCCACAGAAACAUGCACGUGCAAUGCAGGCUUUCAGUUCAAGGCAGGAAACAUAACCGUGUGCGAAGAUAUUAAAGAAUGUGCAAAGAAUCCGAACCCCUGCUCGCAAUCAUGCUUCGAGACAGAGGGCAGCUAUGAAUGCGCGUGUAACCAGACAGGCUACCAGCUGGCUGAGGACAAGACAACUUGCAUAAACUGCUCCGCUGGGAAAUUCGGUCAAAACUGCACACAGACCUGCGUUUGCGUAGAAGCUAACACUGAGUCAUGUGCACGUGAUACUGGUACAUGUACGUGUAAGGCAGGCUGGAUAGGGACCAGGUGCGAAGAUGACAAAAACGAGUGUAGCACAAACCCUUGUACCGCGAAUUCCACGUGCCAAAACACGAAUGGGUCAUACGUUUGCGACUGCAAUUCUGGCUACAUUAAAUCUGCAGACGGAACAUGUCAAGUUUGCCGGUCCUGGCAAUAUGGAGCCAGAUGUGCGAGUGACUGUGAGUGUGACACUAACAACUCGCUUAGUUGCUCAAACACCAAUGGCACAUGUAUGUGUAAAAACGGAUGGCGAGGAGACAACUGCACCACGAACGUCAAUGAAUGCGAAGCUAAUACAACCAUUUGUAAUGACUCUUUGAAGACUUGCAAGGAUGAGCUGGGGUCUUAUACAUGCAACUGUCUUUAUGGGUACACAUUGCUAGACGGCGUAUGUACAGAUAUAGACGAGUGUUUGGAAGGUACAGAUAACUGCACUCAGAUGUGUAACAAUACGGUUGGGGGAUUUGAAUGUGGAUGUAACCCUGGCUUCAGCGGCUCUGGAAAUAAUUGCGUUGCUUGUGCGGAUGGCAAAUGGGGUGUACAGUGUAACAGGAGUUGUGGAUGCGUAGCGAGCAACACACAAAUAUGUGACAAGGCCACCGGUUGCACAUGCAAGACUGGAUGGCAGGGAACCACGUGUAGUGAAGAUCGAGAUGAAUGCACAGAAGGGACUCACACCUGUCGGCAAUAUUCCACGUGUUUCAAUAAUAACGGAUCAUUCACCUGUCCAUGCAGUUUCGGAUAUACUGAUGUUUCCAAUGUAUGCACAGCAUGCAGUAACAAUAAAUAUGGAGACGGUUGUAACACGCCGUGUAACUGCACAGCCACCAACACGCUAACACCAACGCAGUCAUGCAAUAACGUUAACGGGACGUGCAUGUGCACAUCCCAAUGGCAAGGACCGACGUGUAUCACUGAUGUUGACGAAUGCCAGCUCGGAACUCACAAUUGUAACGCCAACCUCAAAAAGUUCUGUCACAAUACUAACGGAGGGUUUGAAUGCUCCUGUCUGACAGGCUUUAAGGAAGGAGCUAGCGGAGAAUGCGUGGCGGAAGGCACCAUGACCACAACAUUACCCCAAAGUGAAAACGCUGUCGUAAUUUCCGUCAGGAUUAAUAUUGCCGAAUCUAAAGUCAAAAAUUUGAACUUUUCUGUGAAGGCGACGUUCGAUGAGUGGGCAACCAAAUUGUCUAAAAUGAUUUUUGCUUACUUUUGGAACCUUAUGGGGAGCAAACUAAAGCAGGUGACAAUUCACAGUAUAAAAAUUGGUAGCUUGGAUGUGAACGCAUCCCUUAUAAAAGAAAAGAGCGAGGUGGCGUCACAAGUCUUCACACAAGCGUCACAAGACUUGAUAAACGGUACACUGGCCUUGGACGGCGAGUCGUUACCGUCGAAUCUCUACGCAAUCAACGGGAUACCCAUUGAUACGAAAAAAACUGCGUAUGAACAAACGUGUGCUAUCUACCUGAGUGAUCGUGGCCAGUGCGAUAACAACUACGCAUGCGUGGUGGUCGAUGAAAGGCCUUCCUGCGAAUCUGUCAAGAAGGAUGACGAUUUAGGACUGGUGCUUGGUCUUGGAAUUGGCAUUCCGCUGGGUCUGAUCGCCUGUCUGGCUGCAGCCGUUAUCAUCAUUUAUGCAUUAAGAAACCGACGCAGGAAGCAAUCAACUGAUAACGAAAGGGACUCGAUCAACAAUGGCUUCUUCACACGCGGAAUACCGGUUAAAAUAGAUACAUGGGGCCGACACGACCCUUCGUAUAAGCAGCAAAGCCGCCAAUGGGACUCCUCGUCCUCCUCCAACUUCUCUGACGACUACCGGUCGAGUCGACUUUAUAAGGGCAUUGAAUAUCCGGCAUAUAGGGGCAUUGACUAUCCGGCACAGGAUCGAUAUGUAUACGAUAAUCAACAGCAGCCUUCAAACUUCUCGUGGGACUUCAUAUACAAAUACAUAUCUCCGGACGAUUCAUAUCGCAUUCAGCGACCAGUGACCGAAAGAAGGCCAAACCCUAUAUUCGAGGGCACAAACAUGUGAAUGGAUAUAGUAUAAACUUAGCCAGUCAACAUAUAUGCUGUCAUGCAUAACGUCUUCAAAAGAGCAGUCAUCUCAUCCAUUCUUCCUUAAUAUCACAGAACAGAACAGAAUAGUUUAUUUGACUUAAGCAUAUACAGCUCAUCGUCGUUAACAUACAUAUACAAUAACAGCAUGCGUUACAAUUAAAUACAAAAUAUACAUCAUUCGAAAGAAGAUCGAUUAAACAAAGAAUGAAAUACAACAUGUUUAAGUGAGAAUGUCACAUGGAAGACGUUAAUACUGGGUGACCACAUAAUUUAAAAAGUUGUUUAAUGCUUGCAACAAGUAUUACAUUAUUAUACGCUUAGUGGCUUUAUGAAAGAUAUAUAAUAUAUAGCAAGUUUCAAGAUUGUUUGUUGAAAAAAAACGGCAAAACGCCACUGACCAUUGAUAAACAAGUAAACACAGUAUAGUCAAAGUGUAUCAAUGAAUUACAAAUACAAUCAAGUAAAUAAAAUAUUCUACAAUGAAACAUGUUCACAUAUAUAAGACAUUUUCUCGCAUUUCAAAGCCUUUUAAACAAAACAUGGCUAAUUUUCUUAACACAUUUUGCUUUGAACUAUUAAGUAAUUCGAUAAAUAUCGUUUUGCUAAUGAUUUACAACUGUAGUUCCGGUGAUACAAUGACCAUUUAAAUGACCGUUGUGUAAUUUGUUAAUAGUUAUCUCAAUAAAAAGCUCGUGUGACUUUAUUGUAUCUGUUGUGGAUAUGACUCCAUUUGUGUACAUAUCUUUCUCUCACACGGUGCUCCAAAUACGAAAUAGUUGUUUCUUAUCUUAGAUAUAAUCGAAAUGUAAAUAAAGCAUUAGCUUGUUUUGGGUUAUGUACGGUUGCACAUGCUUCGGGUCGCACAUGAUUAAUUAGAAUUGAUAUAUUGAUUAUUUUUACUGAAGAAAACAUUUGAUUGUUGAAAUGAUAAACCAUUGUUUGAUAUUGUAUAAUUUCGAGUUUCGAUAUACGUGUACAAUAUCACACCAAGUACAUCGGAAUGAUGGUAUUUCAUAAGAUUGCCUUACAAAUGACGCGAAUCUUGAUGUUCUUUUCUAUAAUCGACACAAGUCGCAAUUUUAGAUUGUUUAAAUAAUUAUUUUUGUGUGGUCGCGACUAAGGUCUUCUCCGUUGUUGCAAAUGGGAAGAACAUAGUUAAUAUAUGUCGAUAAUUUGAAAUUAACGAAUAUGAAAACAUAAACCAUAUACAUAAUAUCAAUAUUAAAGGUAUAUUUAAUUGCUUUAAAAGAUUGGCUUUAUGGAACCGUAGAGUUGAUAUUCGAUAUUUUGUUUUACGAACAUCUGUUUAAAUGUGUUUUUCUUUCACCAGAUUCUCUUGUAUGAAUAUGACAUAUACAUAUAUUAAUAUAUGCUAUUGAAUAUAAUAAACAAUCAGUUAAACAUGUGUUUAUUAUAGAAUUUUACC